AUGGCAGGGCUCGCGGUCGGUUUGGCUAAUGCCUAUGCAUUAAACGACGCACAAAAAAAACUCCAAGAAGCCAAGGCGGAAAUCGAAAAAUUGGGUGGUCUGCUCGAACUCGCGGAAAGAAACGGUGCUCUAUCCACCAAUGUACCUUGAAGCAAAAACAAACAUGAGCUGCAUCAACUGCGUGAGCAUGAUCCCGCAACAAUAAUAAUGCGAAGUGUAAACAAAAACAUAUGCCCAGGAAAGUCGGACUUCAAUUUACAUUUGCAUUUAUCUACUUUAUGGAUGUUUGAUUUUGAUAGUUGAAAAUGAGAAGGCGUCCACAUCAGACCGGCUUGCUUCGCCGUGCGCAUACGUACCGGCUUGCUUGGGCGUGCGCAUACGUACGUAGCUCUCUUGCUGCUUGCGCCUUGAGGUGUAGGGUCGGAACGUUCCCAGCACCGCUGGAAGCACUGAGCCUGAAAAAAGUACACUCCUGGAAGGGUCCGAGCUAGCGCUUUUUUUACGUUUACCUUCGUCCUUCAUUUGGUUCCUGCUGUCUUUCUUUUCGCGGGCCCUACUGGCACCAAGCAAUUUUUUCUAGCGGGUUGGUUUCCACCCCCUCCGCCUGUCUGUUUAGUUUUAGUUCAGUUUCUCAUAAUGACAUUAUGAGAAACUGAACUAAAACUAAACAGACCCUAUGAUAGUGGGAUGAGUAUGCAUGAGUAUGCGUUUCGCCCCUCUCCAUCUCCGCUGCGGGCUUCCCUCCACCGCCACCUCUUUCCCUCCACGUCUCCGUCACUCGCGGCAUCCAUCCCGGUCCAGAAGCCGACGCAGCAGAGAAGUUUUAGGGUUUAGAUAUCUUAGGGCCCUCCCCCAACCCCUCCUGUUGUUGCGUAGUUCGUCUUCCCGUUCUUCCGUCUCUGCGCCUAAGAUUACAGCAAAACCAAUUUACGUAGGCUCGUUGGCGGUAGUAUAGUUACGUUCUGAAACCAGGGACGAUAGUGAGUCUCGGCUUGCUCCUGUUCCUCUGGUAACUCACCGCGUCUAGGUCUACUGUUGGUUCAUAGCGGAAACGGGCGGCGUUGCGUCAGUUCACGGCGGCGACCGCUUGCGACACUGGACGCCAACUACUUCAUUACGUUCAGGAACAUAGACAGCAUGGUAAACAGUUACUCGCUCGCCUGAAAAAGCGAGCACGCAAUUAAUUUUAUUUACUCACGUUUUUUACACGACCGACCUGCCUCACUGCUAUAGAGCGGGGUAACAAAUUCUGACGAGUUCUUGUGGCCGUCCCACUUCUCACCCGCCCGGCCGGGUGGGUGACUAGUGGGACGGAACCAGGAUCCUGACCACGAGAACGGUGAAAAGUAAGAUCCGGCGCUAGCAUUUAAGAUAAUUAAAAUGCUAAGCACGUAGGCAACACGACUAUGGAGGUUUUCGAGUAUGAGUAGGGUGAAGACGAGGGAACCUCUGCUAUAGACGCGCUCCUUGAUUGAAAGCCUCUCAGCAUAAGAAGGCAAAAAAGAGGCAAGCAUGCGCUUGCAUUGAUGCUGCAGCUCAUAGGUAAACUAAAGGUCACCUUUGCUCCUCCAUACACAACUCAAGCACAAACGAUCACCAGUCUCGAGAAUCGCAUCGGGCAAUUGGAGGCUCUGGCAGAACGGCUGAUAGAAACGACAAAACAAAACACAGAAGAGAUCCGGUCCGUGAAAAAAGCGGUCAAGGGACUGAAGGGGAGGAUCGCAAAUCUCGAGACCACGCAAAACGUAAAAGUGCUUACUUUUUGAAGAGAGCAGCAAGUAAUUUGAUCUUGAUGUACUUCCGUGUACUAUCACUAUCUGCGAUUGAAUCAACGUGCCAACUAUGGUUUUGAUUUUGUAAGUAUCGGAAAUCGAAAUAGAGAAGGGCGCGCCCUUUUUCUUUGCGUAGGUCAGAUUGGUUGGUUGUCCUCACCAGAGCCGACGUUUCUUUCAGCAACAGCUUCAACAAAAUUAAACAUCUCAUUGCGACUUUCGCCUCAAGCUCAAGCAAAAAUAAGAUUAAAAUUCAAUAGACUGCGAACCAAGCGCGCAGGCGGUUCCAGAUGGGUGGCGGGACCGAGGAGUGGAAGGAAACGUUCAAGCCGAGAGCCCGGGACCACCUGAUCGCAGUGUUCGGAAUAAAUUUCAGCAAGAUGAAAAUCAGUGCAGAGAUAGAGCAGGUAGGUCUACAGCGUGCGUUGUAGCAGUGCCGCACUCGUCCUUCUUGAUAUUUCGUGACAGAUGAGUAGAGUCUCUUAUUGAAAGGGAUGUAGAUGUAGUCUGCGACUUCUAUUAAUGUGUUGUAGUGGGGUGGUCACAGACACAGACAAUCACGAAGGCUCUCACUUGGCGACUUUUUAUUUUUUGACACCUGCCGCGAAAAGAGGCCGGCAGUUUGCAAUCUGCCGGCGAUGUUUGUGCAGCAAGCCGUUUGUUGUCAAACCAGCCGGACGGCUGCAAAAUUUCGCAGGGGAGCCUGCAAAACUUGCGAGGGAGCCCGCGCGGUUUGGAUGGGGGUGGCGACCUUGAUUGCUCUCAGCAAGACAAAAGAACUGCGGCGACCCCACUAGCUAUCGGCGUGGACGCGGCUACAUUUGGCGUGUAGUUUUGAUCCGUUCUCGUGCGGAGCUGGCCGAGGGCCCUUCGGCAUGUCUGCCAGCCACCCGCAUGGCAGGUAGUUCUUCGGGUCGCCGGCGCUUCGGCCUGUGGCGGGGACUUAGAGACACCCCGGUGGGCUCUUUUUAUUGUGCGGAACCCUCAGGCCGCCCUUGCCACUCUCCCCAUCGCGCCAAUUAGUGCCUGAGCCCGGCGCAUUAUUUUGAUUCGCCGUUCACCACUAGAGCGGGUGGCGUUUCGUCGAGCUCUGCUGGUGGCGACUAGUUGAUGCCGCGUCGGGGGGUUGUUUCAUUCUAAUGGACCACCAGGAACAAGCCCUCGGUCGGUCUCAACAUCGUGCCAGCCAGAGCGCGUAGUAUGUGUGUGCGUUGAGUAGCAUGGUGAGCCACGUAUGAUUUUCUGUCUUUUAUAUAUUUAUUGAGUACCCCUACCCCUAGACUUGUUGCAAUUCAACAACAAAACAAAUAACUCAGAUCAACUCGAAGCCGUCAUUGGAGCGCAUUGCGAAGGAAGUUUCCGUGGGACGCAACUUCCAGAUGAAUAAGAACACUAAGUGCGCCGAAAUUCGGCAGUACAUCAGAUACGCCAUUGGCUUCCAAGGCCUGGACAACUAGACACGUGAUUUUAUGUUUUUUUUGUGGUUGAGGUUGUCAUAGCUGUAGUAGAUACUACCGAGUUCCCGUUCCCCUCUUAUUACAGGAACGCACUGUAGCCGAAAACUUUCUGAUUGUUGCACUCCUAAAGUUCUGGAGCGCAACCCUCGCAGCUUGAAGCAUGUGAAGCGAAAGCUUCAACUUCACGAGCACGACCCGUUAUUGUUACAUCAUCGUUUGGUUCUAAAAAAUCUUACAUCAUCCUUGUCGUAAAUCUUUCAAUCUUUCUAUUUAAUAUUGUCGAUUAGAGUUGUCUUUGUCUUUCCAUCGUAGAAGCGCCUACAAUACCGAAUACGCUUGCUCUAUAUUGUCUUCCUGCCGUCUAGAAACCGUUCGUAGAAACCGCACAAGUUUUAACGUGGUGUAUACCUAUACUCCAUGACCGUGAAGUUCAGGCAUCGAGUUUUGCGCGCCGAUGAUUUGCCUGAUA